AUGGCAAAGUCAAUGCCUGAGUACGCAAACAAAUGGGAAACUGACUUGGAUCUUAUUGUAAUAGGUAAAACUGGUAGCGGCAAAAGUGCAGUAGGUAAUUCAAUCAUUGGCGAAGAUGUCUUUAGGAGCAGCUACAACACGACGUCUAUUACCAAAUACCCAGAUUACGCUGUCACAGAAUUUGAGGGUCGUAUCAUACAAGUUGUUGACUGUCCCGGUGUAUUAGACACGGAUAUUGACAAAUCAAGUGGGAACACGUUAGUAAAACAAGCUCUAAAAAAUGCCAUCUUGGCGAAUCCUCAAGGAUAUCACGCAUUUCUUUUUGUUUUUAAAUUUGGCAAUCGUUAUACAGAAGAGGAACAAGUGGCAAUUGCUACAUUAAAAGAUUUAUUAGGGAAAGAUUGCAUAAAAAAGUACGGUAUUGUUGUACUUACAAAUGGAGACACGUUUGAUUAUAAUGUAAUUAAAAAAGGUAAAACCAAAGCUGAAUAUAUUCAGGAACAGCAAGGCCCAUUUAAACAACUUUUAGAUGAAUGUGGAAACAGAAUGGUUGUUUUUGACAACAUAACAAGUGAUGAGAAUAAGAGACGAGAUCAAUAUCCAAAGUGUGAUAGUAAGAAGAAUCUGUCAAAGAAGGAUUUAGACAUCAUUUUAAUUGGAAAAACUGGAAAUGGUAAAAGUUCUUCGGGGAAUUCUAUUUUAAAUACAGAGUCCUUUGAACCAAGUUAUGGUGUUACAUCGAAAACAAAGACUCCUAAUUUUGAUUGGUGUUCAAUCGAUGACCGCAUCAUACACGUAGUUGAUUCGCCUGGUGUCAUUGACACAGGUUGUAGUACACAAGAAGGAGAAGAUCUUGUUAAAAAGGCUUUACAAAGUGCACUUUUGGCCAACCCUCAAGGGUAUCAUGCUUUUAUCGUUGUCAUAAAAUUUGCUUUACGAUACACCAAUGAAGAACAAAAGGCCGUUGAAAUUCUCAAAAAUAUUUUAGGUAAUGAUUUCCUACAAAAUUUUGGCAUUAUUUUGAUGACAAAUGGAGAUACAUUUGAGUACGAAUGCAGAAAAAACCCAAACCUUAACCUUGAACUAUAUUGCAAAGAACAAAAAGGUGCUUUUCAAGAACUUUUGCAGGAGUGUAACAGCAGAAUUGUUAUCUUUAACAAUUUAACAGAUAACGACAUAAUAAAGAUAAAUCAAGUUAGAGAGUUGAUUAAAAUUAUUGAUGAACUCAAAACCAGUGGUAUGAGAUACACAAAUGAAGACUUUAAAAGAGCAGAACAUAUACAUGAUUAUAUUCAAAACUUACCUGAUUCGCCAUGUAUAAGAAAAGAUAUCCUAAAGGAAUACAGUUUAAUUUUACAAAAAGUAAAAAAAAAAGAAAGCGAUAAAGAAAACGAUGUUGAUUUUUAUAAAGAAAUGUCACUACAAAUCGAAAAAUUUGUAGUUCGUCUUGAGCGUGAUAAAAAAACAACGGAUCUACAUAAUAAACUGUUAACAAAUGCUAAAUUUUUGCUUGAAAAUGUAAAACAAAAAGAGAAAUUGUGUUACAAGAUUAAAAGAAUACAGGAUGAUACAUCACUAAGUCAGAAAGAGAAAAUAGAACAAAUUUAUGACAUCAAAAAUGAAAUCUUGCUUCUACAAUCUAAAGUCAAUGAUAUUCAUUAUGAGUACAUCAAUAUAAAACUAGAAACUGCCAAUGGGUUUUUCGAAACUGUCAAGGCUGCAUUGGGAAAAUUGGGUCAAUUAAUUAACGAAGCAGCAGACUUGAUUUCUAGUAAAUUAAAGUUUACGAGCAAAAUUUCCCAGAAAAAGAAUGAGUAA